UGAACCCAAUGACACAGAUAUACACGAUGAUGUCCAUGUUAGGAAAAAAGGAAAACUUUUUUGCAAUCUUAUCUCUGUCUGCGAGCCUCGAUGGCUACGCUCAAACCUCUCCAUUUAAUAGCCCACAUUUCCUUCUCUUUCCACUUUCUUCUUUUUCCAUGGCUUCCCAGUUGUCUUCGCAAAUUCUACAGCUUUCUUGCUACUCACAAUCAGUUGGACUAGACAGUAGAGGAAGGGCUACGGCAAAUGCAUCACACCCAUUAUGUUUCGAUGCCAAGGAUCAAGGAAUUUAUGGCCUUCCAAAGAAAAACUCCACAGUCGGAUAUUUUUCUAGAUAUUAUACUUCAUCGCGAUGGAUUUCCUCACGGGUGUUAUCAUCUAUGGCUUCUUCUACUCAUUCUGGUCAAACUAGUUGGGAGAAUGGUGCUCCUGUUGCUAAAUUUCAAAGCCGUGAGAUGGAAUUUAAUCGGGUUAAUUGUCUUGUGUGGGUAUUGCAUGAAUCUGCUAGGAGCUUUUCCCAUGCGGUUGAGAACCUUCGGUUGUCAGGAACUGGUCCAGCCCUUGCAAUGGCAUGGGUUGGGAAGGAUGUCCAUGACUGGCAUAAACGUAUUGCUUAUCAGGUAGUAGUUUACGUUUUGAUGAAAAUGGCGGUUGAAGUGGAGAUCUUGCUUUCUAGUGAUCGUCACAACGACACUUCUCCAGUUAGAGAGAUUUUGUCCCCCAAAGUAAACUUAGUUGGGGAGCAUAUUGAAAGUCAGUUGAGCAUGAGGCAAUCGGGAUUGGAAGAAUGGUUUAAAGAGGUUGAACUGCCACGUAUUGCCGGAUUUUUUCUUCCUUUGUUGAAGAGCUGGUCAAUGGAAUAUGCGGGAAGUGGUGUUGCAGGGAUCAUUGUGGCAAUAAGUUGUUGUGCUGCAAUAGGGAAAUUGGGUUCUAAGUGCACUUGCUGUCCCUUGUUUACAUUGUCAAUCGAGGAUGUAUUGGUGCAGCUCAUGGAUCUUUCACACAGUCUCGUUUCAGUGGACAAAUUACAUCACUUGGCCACUGAAGCAGGAUUUGAACUGGACUUUCUGACCCAUUUUGGUACAAAGGUUUUCUCUGGCAACACAAGUGAAGAGCUGGAAUUCUGGAUUGGAUUGGCUCAGAAAAAACUCUCAGUGGCAUUCCACAAAGACAAUGCAUUUUCAGGCAGGCAAAUUUUUCACGACAAGGUUCAAGCAGAUAGUUUGGCUACUUUAGGGCUCUUUGCAUAUCUUGGAAAGAGGACUAGAAUAUUCUUGUCAGGAAUGGGCAUUAAUGAUCUUGAUGACCAUAUCAAAGACUUCCUGAGCUACUUGGAAUGCGGAAGCCUUUUCAUUUUCCCGGAGCUGUCUUCUAUUUUAGUGUAUCAGCUCUUCAUGGAGGUAGUAACUGAUGAGAUUGGAUGGCUUGAUUUUUAUGCUUCAUUUGCUUGCAUAGGCAAUCAAGAGAGGAGAAGGUCCAAACAUUGUACAAUCCAAGCAGAGAAAGAGAUUAUUCUAACUACAGUAUUUACCGUAUGCUAUGAUGUUUUCUCUGGGUUUGCUCAUUUCAGCCGUUCCACACUAAAGCCCUUAGAUGCAGAUUUGCUAGAAUUCUUGCUUCGAAGUCAAAGCCUGCUAACUAUUUGUUUGGAGGACUACUGGGCUGCUUAUGAUAAAUCAGGCAGUGAACUGAUAAAGUUUUCGGAAACAGUUGCCUCUGACCCCACAUCAUUUGCACGAUCCAAGGGGACUAUUAAGUUCUCUAUAGUCUCAGAAGCACAACAAAAUUCUCGCAACUUUAUGGCACAUGAAUGUCCAGAGAAUAGCUCUCAACAUGGAUCGGGACAGAAAAUGCAGGCCACCAGACUAGCUAGGAUAUCUACGACAACCUUUGUGGAGGGGACACCUGCUACUAAGUCAAUUCCUCGGCAUGAGAGUUUAAUUAGGAAAUACAGUGUCAAGUUGGCAUCUACAAGUUCUGAUAUAUGGAUGGGUACGCAGUUACUUUUCACAGACUUUAUGGUUGCUCUGGAGCUACUCCUAAAUCAAUUGCGAGGUCACAGGGUCACAGAGAGGGAAACAAAGAAGUUAAAAAGAACUCUAAAUGAUAUAGCAUCACUCAUCCCAGUUACAAUUCUAAUGCUACUUCCUGUAUCUGCUAUAGGUCAUGCAGCUAUGCUAGCGGCAAUCAAAAAGUACAUGCCAUACUUGAUCCCUUCUCCAUAUUCUUCCGAGCGGUUGGAUGUCAUGAAACAACUAAAGAGAACUAAAAAGAUGGAAGUUCAGUCAUGGAGCACCCUUGAAGACACAUCCUCUAAAAUAUCUUGAAGAUAACCAUUUCGUGCAAUCUGUUGUCUAAAUGUUGUCUCUCUUCUGUGAAUUAUUACAAUGUAACCUUGGGGGGCAAUUGGUGCUUUGGUGGAUGCAAACGCAUACAGAUUACAGUGAGACAAACAAUGUAAUCUAGUCUUGUGAGGAUCCAUAACUUAAUAAAUGUAUUCACUGUCGACCUUUGGUUGCAUGCAAAUGAAGU